AUGCCACUGCUUCGACCCGCGGCCUUUGUCCGCCCCGUUCUCGGACCCUCGCCCCGAAGCCUCGCCUGCUCGCGCCGCAUGCUCUUCUCCCAGCGGCAGUCGGCCCGGGCCACGCAGGAGCUCGACCUCAACAAGCUCAAUGCCAAGCGCCGCGAGUACGAACAGCACCGCAUCGCCUUCCUCUUCGCCGGCGCCGGCGCAGGCCUCAUCGCCUUUGUCUACACGGCCUGGAAGCUCAAGGAGGCCCUCGACCGCGAGAGCGCCAAGGAAAAGAGCAAGCUGGCCGUCAAGUGCGACUCGCCCAUACCCACCGAACCCUUCAAGACCGAGGCGGGCGAGAGGCGCAAGGUGGUGCUGCACGACGACGAUGGCAGGGAGAUUGUCCCCACGGGCAACAGCGUCGUGCCGACGUUUCCGCGCACCAUGACCGUCGACGAGUCGGGCACGCAGCCGUCUAGCUAUCUGGCCCAGUCCAUCUCGGACAAGCAGGGCGUCGAGUACACCCUCGUCGGCCUGGGCAUGCGCACCGUCACCUUCCUCGGCUUCCAGGUCUAUCUCGUCGGCUUCUACGUGGCGACGCAGGACAUUGCCCGGCUGCAGCAGUACCUGAUCAGAAAGGUCAACCGGCUGGCGACGACGCUGAUACCCUCGGAGAAGGAAACCCUGCGCGCGGCACUGCAGGACCCCACCCAAGGCGAGCAGACGUGGGACGCCCUGCUCCAGGAGGCAGGCUGCCGCAGCCUGUUCCGCAUCAUGCCCGUCCGAGACACCGACUUCCACCACCUGCGUGACGGCUUCGUCCGCGCCAUCCAGACGCGGGCGCAGCGCGACAAGUCGCUCGGCGACGAGUCGUUUGGCGCCGCCAUGAAGGAGUUCAAGGCCAUGUUCAACCGCGGGACGGUGCCCAAGAAGAAGGAGUUGUUGCUGUGCCGUGACCUCGACGGCAGGCUGUCGGUCCUGUACGGCGACGGCGAGCUCGCCAGAAACCCCAAGAGGAGCGUGCUGGGCGUCGUGGCCGAUGAACGGUUUUCCAGGCUGCUCUGGCUGAACUACUUGGCCGGCGCGAAUGUGUCGUCCGAGGCGGCGAGGCAGAACAUUAUUGAGGGGGUCAUGGAGUUUGUGGGACGGCCGGUGGGCACCGUCGCAUCGCAGGUCUUGUAG